AAACUAAAUCUACGUCGCCCCACCAAAGGCAACAAAGCAAAAGGCAAUGCUAGAAAAAUGUACAGAGACACCCGCAAAUGAAUGAAGAGAAAGUAAAAUUCUAAAAGGUACGGAAGCGAAGCGAAGAAUUGAGGGAAUGGAAAGCCGCACAAAGUCGACAAAAGUUUGGACCGCAAAAGGCAACAGCCAUCCCAAACCCCAUAACCUCUUAAAUCGAGCGGGUGGUGUGAUACCCAAGGAAUAUAUAGACGAAAAUCGAGUUAAUUCAUUGGACAGAAGAGGGAAUGCCCUGAACUAGACUCGGUUUUACCUUUGUUCUUUUCAUCGCGCUGUUAAAUAAUUUUUUUGAAUUUUUUUUUUUUUAUUAAACGAAAUUAUUUAACUGAACUAGACUUGUUUUUACCUUUGUUCUUUUCAUCAUAAUGUUAAAUAUUAAUUUUUUAUUUUUUUUUAUUUAUCGAAAUUAUUUAAUUGACUAGCCUUCCCGGACAACUUUAUCUAAUCGGUAUCAAUUUAAAUAAUUUGUAAUACCUAAGUUAUUUACCAAGAGUUAAAUAAACUAAUUGCUUAAAUAAAAAAAUAUGUAUGUAUACAUUUGUAGGCGUUGCGUUUUAUGUCAGUUCAAAGCACAGCUCAGAAACAUUUCAUACCCAGCAGUCCGCAUAGUCACUACAAAAUGUCCUCGGAAAUGCAGUGUCACUGUCGAGCAUGCCGCUUCAAUGUUUCCACCGAGAUCAUCGAUCUGUGCAGUCCAGAGAAGCAGUCAGUGAAGCGCCUACGCCGUGAUCUCGGAGAUUUGGAGGACACUCCCUACAAGUGCCCCAUAUGCAUGGAGAAUGUGCGUCGACGCCAACCAGCUGCCACACCAUGUGGCCACGUCUUUUGUAUCGACUGCAUUCAGAAGGCCAUCGAGGAUUUUAAGAAGUGCCCGAUGUGUAACAAAAAAAUCACUUAUAAGCAAUUAACUCGAAUCUUUCUUUAAACCAAUUUCAAGUUUGAAUUUCAAGUUUAAGUUGCUACGUUAUGUGUUAUUAAAUUUACUGCCUAAUUAUUUAUAAAAAAUUAACUCGA